AUUUCGUUAUUGCUGAGACUUUCCCACUGGCUUGUGUUCUGUGAUCAUGGCUGCAGCCGACCACACCAGCCAUGUUUGCUAAUUUAAAACCCAAAGGUUAGAUAAUAGUUGUUUAUUAUUUAUCGUUGUGCCAUCUUCCCACAUUCAUCCUGCAGUGUGAAGCCGCGAGGCAUCAGAGCCUGUACACAUCCGAGGAAGUAAAGAUGGAGGCAAAUAACCAUUUCAACUAUGGAACACAACCCGCAGCAUCAACCAACUCAGGAUUGAAACGAUCCUCAGGGGACUCUCUCUAUACUAACGGGUCCUCCAUGAGCUUCCCCCAGCAGGGAAAGAAUAUGAAUGGCGAAAUGAAUGUGAAUGGCGUGACUACUGUACUCGGGUCCAGUGUGCCUGGCUCCCAUCCACCAACAACACCGUACCCCCACAUGAGCAACCACCAGAGCAGCGUGGGCUACGACUACCUAUGGGGUGGCCAGGCUCAAUACAGCUCAGCCAUGGGUCCAUCCCCUGGCCAUGGGAUGCACCAGAAGCAGCCACCCUCCGGCAUAAUGCAGCCUCAGUCACAGCACCACUACCAGGGACAUGGACAGUACCAGCUCAAUGGGGGCAUGGGAAGCUCCCACCAGCCCCCAGUGGCAGGCUCACCGAACAUGUCCUCACCUGGCGGUCAGUACUGGAAUAGGGGUAACCCAGGCCCACAGCAGAUGGGCUUCAACUCCCCCAGUGUGUAUGGGAGCUACCAGAGCCAUGUGCACCCUGGGCUUUCCUCGUCACUGCAUCACCAGCAGCAGCAGCAGUCUUUACAGUCACCCGCGCAUCAGCCAUCACAACAACAUCUCCACUCUCAGCAUCACCCACAGCAUCACCACCAGCAGCAGCAGUCUCAGCAUUACAGCAUGAUGCCCAACGGGAUGCCCUAUUACCAGCCCCAUCACCCUGCCCUACCCGCUCCCCAGCCACAGCCGACCACACCGUCUCAGCCCCAAAGCCAGUCUCCAAUGAUUCCUCCAGCGCCACAGAACUUCACUCCACCCCGUGGCAGCCCGCAGCACCAUAAUAUAGGCAGAGGGGGGACCAGUAGCCCCCUGCCGGUAUCCUCUGUGUCUAUGCUGUCACCCUCAAGCGCACAGGAUGGUAGUUCACCCCAGGGUCCAAGCAGGGAGAGAAGCCCUCAUCCAGCCAAUGCAGGAAGGCCUGCUGUCAUGCAAGGUAAUAUGAGUGAAACCUAUCAGGAGGCGGAUGAAGGGUACAAAUUGAUGGACGAGGCCAGAGGUGGCCAAAGGUUGCCUAGAAGUGAUGGUUUCCAACCCAAACCGCCCUUACCUCACGAGUACAAUCGGCAUGCUGAGCAGUCUGCAUCCCAGUGCCCGGACAUUUUAAAGAGGGACCCAGCAGUGAAUGCCUCCCCUCGCUCCAUGUCGUCUCAUCCCUCUGGAUCCCCGGCGGCCGUUUCGACGUCUCCUUUGGGAAAAGCGUCAACACCUCCUCGGCUCUCUAUGGUUCCUGUGGUCUCUUCCGUGUCAGCCCCGGGACCAACCACCGAGCCAUCCCACGCUGUGGUGUCGACUCCGCCUCGAGUCGCAACGCCCCCGAGUUUGGCAUCUCUACACUCUGUAGCCGGGUCUCCUCAACUUUCUUCCCCUCCUCUAAUGGUGCAGGGCCCAAGGCCUCCCUCUGGUUGUGGUUCCCUGAUUGAUUCGGCUGGAUCUCCCCACAGGACAUUGGGAUCUCCUUCCCGCGUGCCUGCUCUACCUUCCAAUUUACCUGCACUGCCACCAUUGCUGGAUACUGCCCCCAGGUUGCCAGUAGUUCCCUCAGCUCCGUUAGUCCCUGCUCCGGCCUUGGUGUCUAAUUCUGAGGGGAGGAAGAUGUUGUUUCCCCGCAUGACCUCUUCCCCGUACACCACAAGUCACGCAACCACAACAGCACUUGCCCCUUCCUACUCGGGUUCGGCGCCCAUUUCUGCGCUCCAGCAGAUGGUCGAUGGGUCAAGGUCCCAUCCAGUGACAUCGCGCUUCCCAGAUCCAUCAAAAGCGCCACCGGAAGUGUCAGGACCUUUGAUAAAAAAUGCCUCAUCUCCUGCACCACCUAAACCUCGCUCUUUGGUAUCUACACCUCCAAGAUUAGUGCCCGCUUUUCCCUCUGCUGACGACAAGUCGGUGCCCACACUCCAGCUUCAGACGUCACUGUCUCCUACGACCGAAUCUGCUCAUACUACUGCUCCAGCAACCACAUUAUCUCCAGCACAAGUGGACGCAGAACGGCUGGCACCCUCAGUCCAAGGUCCUGCAUCCCAGCCCUUGUAUUCCCUACCUCCUUCAACCACUGAAGCCUCCAGAACCUUUGUGUCUGCUCCCCCCCCCUUGGUGUCUUCGACUACUUCAGCAGCCGCUGCCUCUCCCUUGGCCCAAGCCAGUGCUGUGACGAAAGCCUCAUCCAACAACAUCCCUUCUCCACAAGCUCCCAAACCGCCGCCUCCAAAAACGGAGGAAGAGGAUGGUGACGGUAGGGAUGGGACCGGAGCAAGGCCCCCGCAGCGUGACACCGCUGCGGCCGACGACCGCAGCGCGGCCGACGAAGGGUCUUGUGACGACGCCUCUCAAUCUGAGGACGAGUCGAUGCUCCACAGCACCUCCAGAGUGGACCUCUCCAGCUCAGAGAUGGAGGACACGUCUCAGAUGGACGGCGACGGCUCACACGUGAACGAGUCCACUCGCAUGGACGACAGCUCAUUCAUGGCGGAAGAAGCGUCUCAGUUCGACCGCACCUCUCACUCGGAGGAGGAGCCCUCUGGGGUGGCCGACUCGACCCUGGAUAGCCACGCUUCCUCCUCCUCGGAGGAGGAGGAGUUUGAGGAUAGCCGGGCAGAAGAGAGCUCUCAAGCAGACGAGACCAAGGCCAGCGGUGUGAGCACCAGGGAUGCUACGCUGGACUCCUCCCUGAACAGCACCUCUCAGCUCGAGGAAUCCAACGUUGACUCGCUGCAGAUGGAGCUGUCCAACGUGGACUCGUCGCAGAUCAAUACCUCUGUCGCAGACUCAACCGGACCACUUCACACAUCAACUCAAGAAUCUGAAGAUGAGGCGGCCAAUGCAUGUGACCUACCUGACUCUGCUGGACCUAUUGGUGAUAAAGCCGCUGUUACUGAGGCCACGCCUGGCCCUGCUUCAAAGAUAAUGGAAGAGGAGAUCACGGCCCUGAUGGAGGCCCCUGACCCACCUCGGGUCCCGCCCCUCACCAUCAAAACAUCCCCUGCCUCCGGGAGGCCGGUUAAAACACCAGGGAAACCCCGGAAACCCCGGACUCCCAAGGCCUCCACUCCAGCGGCCGCCCCAGCGGAGAAGGCCCCGCGUAAGCCCCGGGCCAGAACGCCGAAGGUGGAGAAGAUCAAGAAACCCAAGGCGGCGGAGGCCAAAGCAGACGAGGGAGCCAAGGUGAAGGGCGCGGGCCGGAAGAGGAAGAAGCCCCUCAAGGAGGAGGCGAAGGACGCGUCGGACGUCUCCCAAACGGCGGGGCCACCCACAGGAGAGUUGGACCCCAUUUCGGCCAUCAUCGAGGCCGUGCUCGCCAGGGCUUCAGAAGCCAGCUCUGCCGACGAGACCCUGAAGAAGCCGAAGAAGGCGAAGAAACAAGGUCAGGAAGGAAGUGCGGCCAAGGUGCCCAAACUCCAGGCCGACGCCACAGAGGAGGAAGUGGAAAACGAUGCAGAUGACAGCUCCACUGCAGGAGAGUCCAAUAGACGGAGGGUCGCAACUGAGGAGCAGGUGCAGUUCCCUCUGUUGCACGGAUGGAGGAGGGAGAUCCGUGUGAAGAAGACGGAGAGCCGGAUGAAAGGGGAAACCUGGUACUACACUCCCUGUGGCCGAAGGAUGAAGCAGUUCCCGGAAAUCAUCAAAUACUUGAAAAGGCACCAGGAUAGCGUGGUCUCCAGGGAACACUUCAGCUUCAGCCCCCGCAUGCCCAUAGGAGACUUCUACGAAGAGAGGGAAACACCCGAGGGCAAGACGUGGGUGCUGCUGGCGAACGAGGAAGUUCCUUCCAUCAUCAUGGCGAUCACCGGCCGCCGCGGCCGACCGCCCAACCCGGACAAGGAGAAGCCCCGCAGGGUCCGAGCCCCGAAGGGGGGGCAAGUGCGGCGCCCUGGCAGACCCCCCAAACCCAAGAUGGUGGACCUGCUCAGCAAAGUGGACGCCAAGCUGUUGAAGCGCCUGGAGGCCAAAGAAGCAAUUACGGAGGAGGAUAAAGAGAAAAUCGCAAAAAUCAAGAAGAAAAUGAAGAGAAAGGCGAGAAUGAAAAGAAAGGAGGAUAACAAGAAUAAGAAGAUCCGAGACGAGAAGAAGAAAGCAAAGCUGGAGAAGGAGCAGGUGGUGAGUGACCAAGCAGCCACCUCUGAACCAACCAACGGCGUCGCCCCGCCAGCCGACUCGACGAAAGCCAACGAGUCUCAGCAGGAGCCCAAGAAGACCAGAAAGAAGAGGACCAAGGCCGUGGCCCCGGCUCCCGUGCAGCAGACGGACGAGGAGAGGAUCGCCCAGGGCAAGAGGGUGCUGGGGGCCCGCAGCAAGGCCAAGGCCCUGGCCAAGGCCCAGGCGGAGGCGGAGGCCGCCGCCCAGGCCGCCCUGACGGCCAAGCGGGCCGCAGAGAGGCGGGCGGCGGCCCAGAGACGACUGGAGGAGAGGAAGAGGCAGCAGACCAUCUCUGACGAGCUGAAGAAGCCCACAGAGGACAUGUGCCUCACCGACCACAAGCCUCUCCCUGAGCUCUCUCGCAUCCCCGGGGUGGUGCUCUCGGGCGCCGCCUUCGCUCACUGCCUGACGGUGGUGGAGUUCCUGCAUGGCUACGGCAAGGUGAUAGGCCUCAACAUUCCCAAGGACAUUCCCAGCCUGGCCACCCUCCAGGAAGGCCUGCUGGGGCUGGGCGAGGGGCAAGGCGAGGUACAGGAUCUGGUGCUGAAGCUGCUGGAGGCGGCCUUGCACGACCCCGGCCUGUCCUCCUAUUACCAGUCGGUGAAGAUCCUCGGGGACAAGCUGGCGGACCUGGAGCUGACCCGCAGCACCGUGUCGGAGCCCCUGCGGCUCUUCCUGGAGUCCCACGGCUACGACCUGGAGGUGUGUGACACGCUGAGGACCAAGACGUUCCACGCCCUGGCGCCCGACACCAAGGCCUCCAUCCUGGGCUUCCUGGUGGAGGAGCUGAACGGCAGCAACAUCGUCAUCAGUGACAUCGACAACACCCUGGAGAACAUGGCCACCUACAGGAAGAACAAGUGGAUCAUCGAGGGGAAGUUGCGAAAGCUGAAGUCGGCCCUGGCCCGGCGCACGGGCCGCUCGGAGGAAGACCUGGGCCUGGAGGAGAGGCGGCGCAGCACCCGGGUGGCGGAGGACGAGGCCACGGAGGACAGCGGCCUGCUGCAGGACCGGGCCAGCCGCCGCGCACGCAAGGAGGAGCCCAAGCUGAGCGACAGCGAGAGCCCGACAAACGCCAGCAUUCCAGAGCUCGAAAGGCAGAUCGAUAAGCUCACCAAGCGCCAGCAGCUCUUCCGGAAGAAGCUGUUGCAGUCGUCCCAUUCCAUGCGGGCCGUCUCUCUGGGACAGGACCGCUUCCGCCGCCGGUACCUGGCGCUGCCGCACCUCGGGGCCAUCCUGGUGGAGGGGCCCGAGGAGCUCCUGUCAUCCGAGGAGGUCCUCGUGGCCGAGGUGCCCGUCACUCUGCUGAAGAGGGAGCCCAAGGUGGAGGAGACCCCCACGCCUACCUCUCCCCCCGCCGCCGCCUCCCCUACGGCCCCUCCCAGCGUCAAGCCGCCCACCUCCUCGCCGGACGAGACCCUGGACGACGACGGGCUCCCGGGCACGGCGUCCCUCAUGAGCCAGCCCCGGGGCCGCGGCCGGCCCCGCAAGAUCAAGCCGGAGGUGGAGCUGCACCUGCGCACCGCCAAGAUCCGCCGGCGCCGGCGGAGCAGCGCCCGCUCGGGCGGUGAGGACGGGCCCGGCUCGCCGGCCGGCGCCGGCAGGGACCUCGCGCACACGGCCUUCAAGAGCUCGCUCACGCAGGAGCCGUACGCCAACGGCACGGCGACGGGGGACGCGCCCGGCGGCCAGCGGCCCGAGGACAGCGUGAAGGAGACGGCCGAGAGGCGGGGCCAGUGGUUCAACCUGCUGCCCAAAGAGCCGUGCGACGCCAGCUCUCUGACGGAGCCCCAGGGGCCCGCCUCGCCCAGCACGCCCCGGGUCCCCGUCUGCACGCUGCCGGCCGAGCUCGCCGCCUCCCUGCUGCAGUCGGAAUCGGCCCUCCCGGGUCAAAGUCCCACCGAGGCGGUGACCACCCCACAGGGCGGCCUCACCGAUCCCCUCGUCUCUUCUGCCGCCGAUCCCGCUACCACUCCUCCCGCCCCUGCUCCUCCCCUUCUCUCCUCUCCCGCUCUAGACCCCACGCCCACGGCCACCCCCGCGACCCCCACCACGCCCUCCCGGCCCGUCCGCCGGCGCCGGAGGGGCAGCCGAGGGAGCAGCCCCGCCCGGAGAGGGGCGCGCAACGCGGCCGCCAAGCGCCGCGGACGCCCGCCCAACACGGUGUUCCAGGAGCUGGAGCAGCAGUACUUCACCCAGAUGGUGGUCAAGCCCAUCCCCAAGGUGAUGGUGCGUGGCUGGUGGGUGAUCCGGGACGCAGAGGAGCUGCAGGCCACCCUGCGUGCUCUCAACCCCAGGGGCAUCCGGGAGAAGGUGCUCCACAAGCACCUGGCCAAGCACAUGGAGAACCUGAGCCUGAUGUGCACCAAGGCUGUCGCUGACCCCAUAUUCCAGGUGAAGACUGAGGAAGGCGGGUCCCUGAUGGAGGCUCUACAGAAGCCGUGGCAGGUGCAGGAGAGGAUGCUGGAGGUGGACGUCAACGCCCUCCAGUGGGUGGAGGAGCUGGAGCAGAGAGUGAUCACCGCAGACCUACAUCUCAAGGUGGCUCCUCAGAGCGUCCUGAAAACAGAGUCUUCAGAGGUCGUGGACCCGGACGCACCAGUGGCAGAAUUCCAGGCCUACACGGCGCCCGAGCCGGACUCGACGCGGGACGACCUGCAGUACUACGAGCACGAGGUGGACCCGCGCGACGACUGGACGGUGCGCACCAAGAAGGAGUGGUCGGACCUGCCGCGCGUGGCCACGCACGCCCUGGACCUGGCCGUGCUGCGGCUGGCCAACCUGGAGCGCAACAUCGAGCGGCGCUACCUCAAGGAGCCGCUGUGGAACACGGCCGAGGUGAUGCGGCUGGCCCCCGUCACCACCACGCCCGGGGAGGCCCCGCCCAUGGACGUCAUGAGCCUGGAGAGUGAGAUCACCCCCCGCCUGCGGACCUGGAGGCAGGCUCUGGACCGCUGCCGCAGCGCCCCCCAACUGUGCCUCUGCAUACUGCAGCUGGAGAAGGCCAUCGCCUGGGAGAGAUCGGUGGUCAAACUGAACUGCCAGGUGUGCAGGAAGGGGGACAACGAUGAGUACCUGCUUCUGUGCGACGGCUGUGACCGCGGCUGCCACAUGUACUGCCUCCGGCCCAAGGUCACGCAGGUGCCCGAAGGAGACUGGUUCUGUCCCACCUGCACUGCCAAGGAGGACGGUGAGUCACCGGGGAGCCAGCGCUCGGCCAAGAAGCGCACCCGGCUGAAGAAGAGGCGGUACGAGGACGACAGCUCGGACGAGGAGACGGCGCCGCGCCGCCUCGUCGGCAUGGCGACCAGGCACAAGGACACGCCGCCGUCUGCGCCCUCCUCCUCCUCCCGUUACUGCGGCGACGCCGCCGCCGCCACAGCUGGGAUCUCGCCAGCCAAGCGUCGCCGAAUGACCACCCGUAAUCAGCCGGACCUGACCUACUGCGAGAUCAUCCUGAUGGAGAUGGAGGCCCACGCCAGCGCCUGGCCCUUCCUGGAGCCCGUCAACCCCCGCCUGGUGCCCGGCUACCGCCGCAUCGUCAAGACCCCCAUGGACUUCCUCACCAUGCGGGAGAGGCUGCUGCAGGGAGGGUACUGUAACUGCGAGGAGUUUGCGGCGGACGCCCAGCUGGUGUUCAACAACUGCCAGCUGUUCAACGAGGACACGUCGGAGGUGGGCGUGGCCGGGCACGCCAUGCGCAUCUUCUUCGAGAACCGCUGGGCCGAGUUCUACGACAACAAGGACAAAUGAGAGCCCUGAGAGAGACUGUCUGGAGGCCCGCCCAGCGCACACCUGUAUCCCCGUGUCCAUAGGUAUAUUAUAUAUAUAAAUAUAUAUAUAUAAACUUUUAUGUAUAGGUUUUGUUCAUCGUCACAUUGAUUCCUACUGUCGGUCUCUCCGAGGCCCCCCCCCCCCCCCUCCUAUGAAACCCAUUCCCGGUCACACAGACGGCGACGGCCGCCUGUACCUCGGCCCCGCGUCCCUUCCUCUCACGGCCAGGGGUCUGGCCCCGCCAGGGGGCCCCGGCCCGGCUCUCAGGACUCGGUCAGGGGUGGACCACACUGCUGCAGCCUCGUGCGCUGCGCAGCGGACCUGCUGUGCUGCACCCCUCGACCUGAACACAGCUUGGACAAAAUCAAGAAAACAAAAAAAAUGACCUUUCUGACCUGGUGUUCCCCCCCCCCCAUACCUGUUUCUUAAUGGUAAUGUAAUGUGGUCUCAUGCCUAGAAGUACCUUUUUGUUUGCUCAAUAUAUUUUUUAUUAUAUAUUCUAUAUAUAUAUAAAAAUAUCAAUAGCUGGGAUUAUUUAAUAGCAAUAGCGUGUAGUGGAUGUGUACUGACUACAUUAUAGAGAUGUCUAGAUGGUUGACAGAAGGCCAGUUAAACAAACGGGGAAACAAGGAACGUUGUUUCUAAAGCGUCACAUCGUAGUUGGGCAAAUAACCUCCAGUUCCACACACACACACACACACACACACACACACACACACACACACACACACACACACACACACACACACACACACACACACACACACACACACACACACACACACCCUGCUGCUGUGUGUAGGACACUGGUUUCUAACAACUGGAGUAUUUAGUGUGUCGAUAUCGGUUAGGCGUCUAAUCUUGUGUUUGGAUGUGUCCCUCCUGAGGAGCACAUAAUUGCUGUGAGUUUGGUGUUAGCAGGAUAGAUUCGCCCUCACAGGCCAACCUGAAUGGGACUGCAAAGAGUUGAACCUGUCUCCAUAUGCGAUGUGUAGAAUGUACAUAGAAAUGAGGGGGCCCAUAGGCCUCGACGCAAGUUUGCCGUAAGCAUCUUCAGUCGAGACACGAGAGCGAACCAGGCUUUGCUCAGAUCAUACCGGACCAACACUGAAAACAAACUUCCAGCCCUCCCUCCUUCCCAAUUCACCAAGGUUUGUUCCUCCGGACCAAAUUCACCAUGGCCGAAGGGUAGGAGCACGGUGUGUUUGAGUGCACCUUCCAUAACAUAGCAACGUGGGCUGAGCACACUGAAGUCCCACAAGUUCAAAGCCUGUGCUGUUUUAAUUUACAUUCCGAGUUCUGUUUUUUAAUCCACUAUAGUUUUGUUUGUACCUUUUGUCUUCUUUGACGCUUCCGAAGGGCCAAUGUACAUGUUGCACGGCAUGGUGUUUGUUCUGAAGGCGACAGGACACGUCUCCUCAACCCGGGUUAUAUUUAAGCUAGUUUCUUACACUGAACUCAAAUAGGUUAAUAGGAAGUACAUUUGUUGUUCCUUAUUACACUUAAAGGGACGCCUGUUUUUCAUAAAAAUACGCAGAAAAAAAAUUAAAUAAAAACCAAACGUGGUGUUAAGUGAAUUUUUAAUAAUGUACAGUUUUGGUGACUUUAAAUUUGUUCCUUUCUAUAUUUUUAGGACCAAUUUAUCAUUUUUAAGAGGAGGUAUUAUAAGACUAUGUUGUAUCAAGGUGAUGUAACGAGUGUGCAUCUGUAGAAUGUACUGUGAGUUGAAUAAAAACCACGACUAGUAGAGAGUAAAAAAACUUCUUCAUGAGACACAAAUCAGGCCAUGAAUGAGAACCGCCACUGCUAAAUAUUGCUUAUUUCUAUCAUUGUUUGAUUAUUUUAAAUAGGAGUUCGAUUUUAUUAUAAGCAUGUGAACACAAUUUUAACGUUCUUAAUUAUCUUCUGGGAUUAGAAUCUGAUUCGGGGUUGCAUGUGCGAGCUAAAUAUGAGAAGAAUUUAUAAUAACAAAUAUUUAUCUAAUAUUCAAAUUACAGAACACAAGUCAAGAAGACUGUAAUUUGAUUAUAACAAAUGUCUGCAUUUUCAUUGAGGGUGUGGGAUGCUGCAAAGACAUUUUUAGCCGUUCGUUUAGAGAAACCAUAUUGACCUACUUCAGUCAUUGAAGAGUUGUGUGCUGCACUUUAUUCAGUAUGUGAAUUAAUAGCAAAAUAUAAGGACAAAAAUAUCCAUGACAAGGAGCUAACCCUGUUACAAAUGAAAUCCAGACUUAUCCUGUAUAUGUUAGCACAUUUUUAUUUUAGCUGAAAAACGUACCAAGUUAUAUUUGCAGCACCUAUUUAAAAAGCCCCAAACGUACAUUACAGUCAACAUUAUAUAAUGGAAACAUUUAUUAAUUCAUUAUGUAUCCAUAUAAGUAGGGUUAGGUGCAGUGGGAUGUUGCAGCAGGUUGGAGGUCGUGUCCAAGCUGCAUAUUGCAGGGUAAGGCCCUAGCAUCACAAGCUAAAAGCCCCCCCACUAGGGUGUAGACACACUGGGGGAGGCUCACACUUCUGAGCCGUGGACACGUCGACCCGACAGAAGGUGUGUGUCCUUCUGAGCCGUGGACACGUCGACCCGACAGAAGGUGUGUGUCCUUCUGAGCCGUGGACACGUCGACCCGACAGAAGGUGUGUGUCCUUCUGAGGGGAGCGUACCUAUGUUCCCCGGGUCCUACGUUCCCUGCUUUGUAUGUGACCGGGGAACAUUGGACCCUGUGAGCAAAUCUUUUUUUCGUAGGGGCAAGU